UGCUCGCUAGUUACUGUACAUUGCAGUGCUUCUGUGUGUGCGCGCGCGUGAGAGAGAGAGAGAGAGAGAGAGAGAGAGAGAGAGAGAGAGAGAGAGAACGAGAGAACGAGAGAGCACUAUGCAUUGACUGCUAGCAGAAUUGUUUUCAGGUGGUUUUUUUCUGUUGGACCCUCCCAAAUCUCUCCUGCUUCCACCGGCAGGGAAAAGCAAGAAAUAUUUCAGUCAUGAUUUAUGAAUGAACGUGACUCCCUCUGCCAAGGAUUAUUGUCUCUGGUUUCGGAGAGGGAGAGGUAGGAGACCGACAAAGGGGAGUGAGGACCAGGACGGGAAGAAAGGCUGGAGUCGACUUCUGUGUCUUGGAAAAGACUCUGCAAUCAAGACUGAUUGAGGAGACAGCUUCCACCCAGUCCCCUAUACCUGGAGUCAUUCUGCAUGGUCAUCACAAAGAUGUCAUGGCACCCUCAGUAUCGAAGCUCAAAGUUCCGCCAUGUCUUUGGCAAACCCGCCAGCAAAGAGAACUGCUAUGACUGUGUGCCCAUCACCAGGAGCGUCCAUGAUAACCACUUCUGUGCUGUUAACCCCCACUUCAUUGCCGUCGUGACAGAAUGUGCUGGAGGGGGUGCCUUCCUCGUCAUUCCAAUACAUCAGACAGGAAAGCUCGAUCCACAUUACCCAAAGAUCUGUGGCCACAAAGGCAACGUUUUGGACAUCAAGUGGAACCCUUUUGAUGAUUUUGUAAUAGCCUCCUGUUCUGAAGAUGCCACGAUUAAGAUAUGGGAUAUUCCAAAGCAAUUGCUAUCAAGAAACAUCACUGCCUCAAGGAAGGAGCUACUUGGUCACGCGAGGAGAGUUGGACUCCUAGAAUGGCACCCAACUGCUGCUAAUAUUCUCUUUAGCACUGGUUAUGAUUAUAAGUUAAUGAUAUGGAACCUUGACACAAAAGAGUCUGUAAUUCUGAACCCAGUGAAGACAAUUGACUUUCACCAAGAUGUGAUCCUCUCCAUGUCAUUCAACACAGAUGGCAGCCUGCUAGCAACCACCUGUAAGGACAGAAAGAUAAGGAUUUUUGACCCCCGCGCAGGAACAGUCUUACAGGAAGCAAGCUACAAGUCUCACAGAGCCAACAAAGUGCUGUUUCUAGGAAACAUGAAAAAACUGCUGUCCACUGGAACGUCCAGAUGGAACAACAGGCAAAUUGCACUAUGGAAUGAGGAUGACCUUUCUGUGCCUUUAAUUGAAGAGGACCUAGAUGGCUCUUCUGGGGUAUUAUUCCCCUUCUAUGAUUCAGACACCAAUAUGCUCUAUGUGGUGGGCAAGGGUGAUGGGAACAUUCGAUACUAUGAAAUUAGUGCAGACAAACCACACUUGAACUAUCUUACAGAAUAUCGUUCCUAUCUCCCUCAAAAGGGAAUCGGAAUCAUGCCAAAGAGGGGUCUGGAUGUAUCUUCCUGUGAGAUAUUCAGAUUCUACAAACUGAUAACAACCAAAGGUCUCAUCGAGCCUAUAUCAAUGAUUGUCCCUCGGCGGUCGGAAUCCUACCAAGAAGACAUCUACCCCUUGACAGCUGGAGUCCAGCCAGCUCUAACAGCACAGGAAUGGCUGAGUGGAAUGAAUAAAGGGCCAUUGCUGAUAUCUCUGCGACCAGGGUCUGACCUUGUAAACUCUCAACGAAAGUUUCCUGAAAGGACGCUACCCAAUUCUGUGCCUCUGGAAUCAAAUAGGUAUCAAGACAGGAUAGAAAGGAAAACAGCGUUUGAGGAUGCCAAGAUGCCAUACAGGUUCCAGGAUGAGAGAGAAUCGAGAAAAGGAAUGGAUCAAUUACAAGAGGACAGGAAAGCUUGGCUUUCAAAUGGCUUUGAUCCAUUUGAAUGUCCUCCACCAAAAACAGAAAAUGAGCUGCUGCACAUGUUCUAUCGACAGCAAGAAGAAAUUCGGAGACUUCGAGAGCUGGUAAACCAGAGAGAAGUUCAAGUCAAACAGCUGGAACUGGAGAUUAAAAAUAUACACAUGAGCUCAGGCACAUACUGAGAGGGAGAGAAAGAAACUGUUUUCCUGACCCUCCGAACCCAGAGCAACUCCCAGACAAAUAUCAAAACCAAACUCCGAAUCUCAUAAAAAUAACUACUGUUUUUAUAUUUUUGUGGGAAAACAAAAAUUUAAUUCAUUGAAAAAUGCCAGUGGUCAAUAGUACCCAAUUUUCUACUUGCCUUCUUUUCAUAGAGGUUUUUGAAUCAAAUCAUUUUAAAUAAUACUUUGGCCUUCAGUUCAUUAUCUAUCUCUCUUUUAAAAAAUAGUCCAUAGAAGCAAAAGCAAAAAGCGCUAUGGCAUCUCAAGAAGAAGAAUGUCUAGUAGUAGCUAAAAUCACAGAGAGAGAGAGAGAGAGAGAGAGAGAGAGCUCUCAGCAUACCACUAUACCCAAGUAAGAGAAGGAUCUCAAGGGGAUUCCUUCCACUGAUACCGGCCACAGCCCUUAGUAGAAAAUUCCUAGGGAGUUACCUGAGGAGCAUAUAGCUAAAUGACUUGCCCAGGAUCACACAAUCAGUAAGUAUCAGGGAUAGGACUUGACCACAGGUCUUAUGGACUCCAAGCCUGGCACUCAAUCUAUUUUACCAUAUUGCCCCUAUAAGGUGAACAGAUAGAUUUAAAUAAAUCUCUUUUUUUUCCCCCUGGAAAUAAGAGACCUUGUCAAAUGUACUCAGAUUAAACUGAAUAGCAAGUCAAUUAUAGAGAUUUUUCAUAGAAAUUGAAGAGAUUAAUUCCCAGUAGAUGUAUGGUUCAGGUUCUAGUUCUAGUCCCAGAAUGCAGAUAAUCAAAUCCAAAAAGAUAAUAAAGACUAUAAGUCUCCUUGGUACAAUAGCCCAGCAACAGACUAAGGAUUAUUGGGAAUAAAAGUCACUUAACCAAUGGGUCAGGGAUGAGUAUUUACUCACUAUCAUUGCAGGGCUACUAUUACUCUUUGAAAACCUGGCUUUAUGGAUCAUGAUGGGGACUCUAUACAGUUCACCCUCACAGAUAUUCUAUAAGCCAUCGCAAAAAUAGGAUGUGAUGGACAAGAUCCAAAUGAGUUAUGAGCAUCAAGACUGCCAUGAGGCAUUGCUGCUCAUGUCUUUCCCACUGCUCCACUCUGAGCAAUCAAGGGUAUACAGUGGGUAUAGAAUGCCCUAUCUGGUUGUAUUUUAAAUCUGCAUGUCUCCCAUAUCAUGAGAGGCUGGGGCUCACCGUGUCUGUCUUUUCACUAGGCCACAACUCCUUAGGCAUGCUUUUCUCACCUGAGCAACACUCUAUCCUGUAAAUACUUUAAAAUGCUGGAACUUAUUUUUAUACAAGCAUUGUCUGCAAAAUAUGCCUUACUGCACUGAGGAAAAGAAUGAAUCAUAGUUGAUUAUUGGGGGAGCAGAAAUCCGUGAUGUACUAUGUUUUAAACAUGUCAACUACUAUCUUCUCAAGUAAAACUCAUAUAUCAGUGACCAAAAUUUCAUGUUUAAAAAUAGUAUGUGGCUUCUCUGAGGUAGACAGAAAGUUUUUUUUUCAUUUUCUUUUUUUUAUGUCUAGAAUAAAUUAUUUAAAUUAUUUGACAGCUAGGGAAAGGGACAGGUAAUUUUUACUCAAUAUUUUUUUAACCAGUCUUUUUUUAAUUGUAUUUUUGUUUAUGUAUGUGACCUGAUAAGACUAAAAUUAGUCAUAUCCACAGUGCCCAACCAAUUAGUAGAGUGCUCACUGAUCUAUGUACUUGAAACAAUAAUAGUUUGUUUAAUGAUUUACUAUUCCAUGAACAACAACUAUUGAAUCAGCACCUGAGUAUAAUCUUUGGAAGAAUACCUCUGUAUAAAUAUUGAGUUCUAAACAUAUUUCCUCCACUCCCCUUGCCCACAAUCCUACUUUGAAUUUGUUCAAAAACAUGUGAUACAGGAGAUCAAAUGACAAAAAUUGGUUUAUGCUUUAUUAAACUGUGCCCCAAACUA